CUCAUGAGUGUAGAGUUUUUUCUUCGUCGCUGGUCGACUUCGCAGUCUUCGCUCCUUCGACGACGUUCCCUUACUGUUGGAUCGGAAGUUACGACGUUUUUUUAUCGGAAGCAACAACGGGAGCUCGCUUGCUGUGAAGGGGUAAUAUCUUCUACUUUAGGGGAAGGUCAUUGCAAUGUUUUGCCUUUGGAGAAAAUGUUGCCUUCAAUCUACAGAGUUUUUCAAGCAUUGAUUAUGAGGGCUUCAAGCUGUCUCUCAUGUUCAAUAAGGAAGUCAUUCUACCAAUGUUCAACCCAAACCGGUGUAUCCGGUUCAAUAUUCGCUCCAGCACACAGCAAACCGAGGGGAUAAAAAAUAACGCAAAUCAAUUCCAUUUUGCCCUAGGUGCCUGGUUUCGAACUUGUCAUCGACAAAAUCAUCCUUUCGUCGAUGUGUCAGUAACCUGUAGGAUGGUGGAGCUCCUCCUUGUGCGUGGUUUGUAGCACGUUGGGCAGCACUGCCAGUGCUCCCAGCCCCUCCUGCUCAAGGAUCUUUGUUCGCUCCAGGUUCUGCUAUCCUGCACAUAUUUAAACACGCAGAGCUGGUACUGGUAAAAUCUGAAAACCGAGAAGAAAAUAUGAGGACUGUGAUGGUGGAGGGCGUGAAGCUCACUUUAGAUAUAGCUUCAUGGGCUUCAAGUGGAUCUUCUGUAAAUCAAUUCAAUCAAGGAGAAUCUACUAGACUCAACAUUUCUUCUCUUCCAUCCCACUCUUUAGGUCCUGAUCUCUAAUUCAUGGAGAGCACCUCCAGUGAAGAUGAGGGCUCCCUUAGAGAUAAUCAUGUGGACCUCAACAAUGAGAACAUGGAACAUCACUUGGCAAUGGAGGUCAGCAGUCAUUUCAAUGAUUCUGAAAGUCUUCUCCCUUCUCAUGAAGAAGCCUCGGAAAAUAUUGAACCAUUCAUUGGCAUGGAGUUUGAAUCUGAAGAAGCUGCAAAGGAAUCCUACAUGUCAUAUGCUAGUCGUGUUGGGUUCUCUGUGCGCAUCAGCAAGUCUCGGCGUUCAAGAAAUGAUGAAUCCAUUAUCAUGAGACGUUUUGUGUGUUCCAAGGAAGGUUUUCACAUGAAAAAGGGCAAUUAUGAAGAUGGUAAGAAAAAGAGAAAGCGUGCAACCAUUAGAGAAGGUUGCAAUGCUAUGAUUGAAGUUAUUCAAAAAUAUUAUGGAAGGUGGGUUGUUACUAAGCUUGUCAAGGAACAUAAUCAUGUCGUAGCAGCACCAAGUCGUGUAAGAUACGUUGCACCUGAAGAAUAUGCUGGCAUGGAACCAUUUGUUGGAAUGGAGUUUUCAUCUCAUGAAGCUGCACAAAUGUUUUAUUAUGCAUAUGCAGUUCGGAUUGGGUUUGAUGUCCGGAUUAGACUUUCACGUCGGUCAACACGGGAUGAGUCCUUUGUUAUGCGCCGUUUUGUAUGCACCAAAGAGGGCUUUACCCCAUUUGAAGAGACUUUUGAUGAGAGUAAGAAGAAAAGAAACCGGACUCCUACGAGAGAAGGGUGCAAAGCUAUGUUUGAGGUGAUAAAAAAGGAUUCUGAUCGAUGGAUUGUUUCCAAACUUGUCACAGAUCAUACUCAUGACCUUGUUAUUGCACCUGGGAAAGUACACUACAUCCAAUCUCAAAGUGAAGUAGUUGUUCUUGCAAAAAGUGGUGCUGUUAAUCUUGAAAAAUCUGCAGCACUAACAAGCUCAAAGCCAAGUUUUGGAGAUAAAUUUGUAGGCUUAGAUAGUCUUUCUUCAAAUGAUCAGGGGUCAAGAACUGAUUUAACUAAUACUUAUCACAAUGCCUUUGGAUUUGAGGAGACCCAGUUUUUAUUGGAGUCUUUUAAGAAGAUGCAGGCUGAGAGUCCUGCAUUCUUUUAUGCCUUUCAAGUUGAUAAAAGUAAUCGCCUAAUAAAUGUAUUUUGGGCUGAUGCAAAAGCUAAGAUGGCUUAUUAUUGUUUUGGUGAUGCUGUAACAGUUGAUACUUCGUGCAAGGAGAAUAAAAGCAUGAUGCCUUUUGUCAUGUUCACUGGGAUUAAUCACCACUGUCAGUCGGUAGCUUUUGGGUUUGCCUUGCUGACAGACGAGACUGAGGCAUCUUUUAUCUGGCUCUUUGAAAACUGGCUUGUAGCUAUGUGUGGACGAACUCCAAUUUCAUUAAUUACUGAUCAUCAUGAAGCAAUGACUGCAGCAAUUUCAAGUGUGUUCCCAGAGGCCCGUCACAGACUCAGUCGAGACCAUAUUUUAAGAAAAUGCAGGGAAAAACUGUCCAAUCUAUAUUUCAUGCUUGGUAGCUUGGAGGCUAGCUUUGAGAUAGAAUUUUUGAAGUGCAUUGAUGAGCCGGAAACUGUUCAAGUGUUCGAGCUGCAGUGGAAGUCUAUUCUGGAUAAAUAUGACCGGGGUGAGAACUCUUGGCUACAAUGCCUGCACAACACUCGCCACAAAUGGGCCCCAGUCUACCACAAAGACACUUUUACAGCAGAUAUAUCUUUAGCUGAAAAACCAGAGAGUUUGAGUACGUUCUUUGAAAAAUACUUCAACAGAAAGACGUCCUUGCAGUUCUUCAUCAGUAUCCUCGAUCAGGCGAUGGCUGUUUGGUACGAAAGAGAGGCACUUGAGGAUUUUGCUUCAUCAUGUACCAGACCUACAUUAAAAACUCCAUCAAGUAUGUUGAAACAAGCCGCAGAAAUAUACACAAGGACAGUAUUUGAUGUUUUUCAGGACGAGUUCGUAGAAUCUCUGGGUUAUUUUGCUGAUAGAAUCGAGGAUGGGGUGAUCAGCAAAUAUAAUGUCACAAAAGUUGAAGAUGUGUGCGCUUGUAUUGUGACCCAUGAUUCGUCUGAGGAGAGGACAAGUUGUAGUUGUUGCAAAUUCGAGAGGUCUGGCAUUUUAUGCAGGCAUAUCUUGAGAGUUUACUUAACUGUUGAUGUUCGCGUGCUGCCUGAGCACUAUAUCUUAAAACGGUGGACAAAAGAUGCGAAGAAUGGUUUUGUAUUGGAUGAAUGUGCCAGGUACAGUGAUCUUGUUUGUAAUGUCAUUAGGUUUGCAAAGGAAGGAUCAACAUCUCUAGAUGCUUUUAAUAUUGCAAAGCAGGCACUUCAAAUUGCUUUUUCGGAGGUUCUUGCAGCUAAAAAGGAUAUUGCCAGCAGGUGUGCAAUGUGAUUUGUGCUUGUGGCGGUUUCUCCAUUUUUUAUCAGAAUAUAUAUAUAGAUAUAUUCACUUGGGCCGAUCCUCUACUUCCAUUUACUGGUCACUUUCGCAUCCAAAAAGCGAGAUGUCGCAUUUUCUUUGUUUUUUUUUUUUUUGGAAACCGCGGCCAAUCUUAUUCCAUUUUUUCAAAGUAUUAUGACAACCUUUGUUAGAAAGCUGCACUAUUAAAAUAUAAGCUAACUCGAGCUUGACUUUUGUGCUUUUUCUUUAGGUGUAGUUUGUAUAAUAGUUGUUAAUUUGUAAGCAGUUUUGCGGUUCAACCUAUUUUGAGUGCACUUCUGUUUCAUGUU